UUUCAGUUCAACAUAGAAGAUGAAGCUAGUACUUGCCUUAGUUGUCUGCAUUUUUGGCAGCGUGAUUGCUUCCACCGAUAAAGUGGAUUGGACCAAUGUACCACCACUGCAUGUGAAUCCUAAACUCCCAUAUCAUCCACGUAUGAACCUCGAUGGACCUACAGGACGUAUUACCAACGGUGAAAUAGCUGCUGAAAAACAAUUCCCCUAUCAAGUCGGUUUGAGAUUGUACAUGUCCGGCGGUGCUGCAUGGUGUGGUGGCAGUUUGAUCUCUGAUCGUUGGGUUCUGACCGCUGCGCAUUGCACAGACUCUUUGACUACUGGCGUUGAUGUGUACUUGGGUGCUUGGGAUAUCUCAGACGCUACCGAAAAGAACCAACAGAUCAUUUUCGUUUCUGCAAAGAAUGUUAUUGUGCAUGAAGAAUGGGUUAGCUCCACGAUCACCAAUGAUAUUUCGCUCAUUAAACUGCCAGUUCCAAUUGAAUUCAACGAUUACAUUCAACCAAUUGCCUUGCCCAAAAAGUCAGCCAGCUACGACAGCUAUGUUGACCAGGCAGUGAUCGCCUCUGGAUGGGGAAAGAUUACCGAUUCUGCUACCUCAGUCACCGACAAAUUGCGUUGGAUUGAAGUGCCAGUACUGUCAAAUACAGUAUGCAAUCGUUGGUUCCUUGGUUCCGUUAAAUCCACAAACAUUUGCAUCAAGACAACUGGCGGUACCUCAACUUGCAACGGCGACUCCGGCGGUCCAUUGGUGUACAAUGAUGGUGAGAGCACUGUUUUGGUUGGUGCCACUUCCUUCGGUAUUGCUUUGGGUUGUGAGGUUGGCUGGCCCGGUGUGUUCACUCGCAUCACUUCCUACUUGGAUUGGAUCGAAGAAAAGACCGGUGUUGCAUAUUACUAAAUGAAAAUACAAUAAAUUGUUUAAUACUAUUUACACACUUAA